UUAACCGUAUAUGCAUAUAAGGUCUAUAUAUUAUAGAUCAACGUCUAUGAAUCAAUCAGGUCUAAUUUUUUUUUUUUAAAAUAGUAUAGUCGUGUGGCUAUACUCAUUUUGACACGUGGUACCUUAUCGCUAGGCCGUGCCUUUUUUUUUUAAGUGUCACUAUUUCCACCCACUUGUCAUAUUUUUUGACCCACUUUAUCUCCCUACCUCCUACCAUAUAAAUUUGAAAAAAAUACAAUCUUAUCUAUCCACCCACCAUUAUUCAUAAAAUUAAGAAUCAAUUCCAUAUUUUUGCCUGUUUUUAUGUUUAGGUGUAGUAAAAUAUUCAUAAAAUUUAUAAAACUCUUUAUUUUUUAAAACAAAAACCCACCCGCCCCAAGCAGCCACCCCUUCCCCGACCCCAAUCCCUAGCCCCACCCCACUGCCCAGAUUCAUUCCCAAAAACCAAAGCCCCGACACCACCGCCUCCGCGUCCAUCACUGACGAAGAAUUGUAGGCUUUGCGAGAAGCGAAUCGGCGACUGAGAAACUCGCUGGAGCAUAAUCUCAAGCUCCUCGAAAACCUAUAUGGAUCUGCUUCUUUGCUGAACGAUUGCCUUCCCGAUGUGGACGACUUUUGAUACAGCACGACGAAAAGGUUUGGAUGGGCUUGAUCCGAAUAUAAAAGCCCAUGUAACGACCUGGCCGGCAUUUUAUACAACUUAUGAUGUUUAUACAUGUAACCUUAUACGGAUACUUGUGGCCAUAAUCAGGAGUCAAGCUAGGCCCCUCGCAGAUCAAAGUUGAAGAGGGGAAUUAACGGAUAAAAAGGGGAGAGCGAGAGAGCAGAAAGCCAGAACAGAAGCGGAAGAAGCCGAACUGUUGUAUAAAAGAGUGAGAGAAUGGUAAGCGCAAGCGCAAUGCGUGCUGUGCAACCCACAAUCCUCUCUACUUUUGUGGGUAACCGCUUGCUUCAGUCAGCGCAGCCUCUUCACCAACUCUUCAGCUACAACCCAGUCCCAGUUGCCACUGACCUUGACUACGCUAAAAUCCCAAAGGAGAUGAGAGUAUGGCGCGCUCAUCGAGCAAUCUCAAUCUUGUCCACAACCAAUAGCAAAGCCCCUUCUCCUUCUGAACUCGGUGUUUACCUACAACUAUGCAGCAAUUCGAAGUCUCUAAAUCAAGGAAAGCAUGUUCAUCAAAAGAUAAUCCAAUGUGGGUUGGAUCAAAACCCAUUCAUAGUCACCAAAUUAGUCCAAAUGUAUGCUGAUUGUGAUGAUUUGGUGUCUUCCUGGAAGUUGUUUGACAACUUGUUAAAACCAAAUGUCUUUGCUUGGACCGCGAUCCUGGGAUUCUAUUCGAGGCACGGAAUGCAUGAAGAAUGUGUGAGAGCAUAUGUUGAAAUGAUUUUGAAUGAUGUUUUGCCUGAUGGGUAUGUGUUUCCUAAGGUCUUAAGGGCAUGUGCACAGUUGUUGCGCUUGAAAGUGGGAAUUGUGGUUCACAAAGAUGUGAUAAUAUGUGGGUUGAACCUUAAUCUUCAAGUUUGCAAUUCAUUGAUAGAUAUGUAUUCAAAAUGUGAGGAUAUUGGGAGUGCUAAAAGGGUUUUUGAUGAGAUGGUGGGAAGAGAUUUGUGGUCAUGGAAUUCAAUGAUCUCAGGAUACGUGUGUAAUGGGUUGCUUGGAUUGGCAGUAGAACUAUUUGAUUGUAUGAAUUUGGGUGGUUGUGAGCCUGAUAUUGUCACUUUGAAUACAGUAAUGGAUGCUUAUUGCCGAAUGGGGCACUGUAACGAGGCUACGAGAAUCUUUGAACAGAUUAAGGAGCCUAAUAUCAUUUCAUGGACCACCUUGAUAUCAGGAUAUUCAAGGAUUGGGAGUCAUGAAGCAUCCUUGAGGAUUUUCAGGGAUAUGAUAGGAAGCAGCAUGGUUGACCCUGAUUUGGAUUCUCUUUCUACUGUCCUUGUCUCCUGUCGGCAUCUGGGGUCUUUGCUAAAUGGAAAAGAAAUCCACGGUUAUGGGAUAAAAAGGGAAUCUGGCAUUGCAUUUUACCACUCAGCUGGCCCUGCAUUGUUGACAAUGUAUGCCAACUGCCGUAGAAUUCAUGAUGCUACAAAUGUAUUUAAAUUAAUGAACCCAGCCCAUGUUGUUUCUUGGAAUGCCAUGAUUCUUGGCUUUAUUGAUUUAGGACUGGAAGAUUUGGCACUUGACAGUUUCAGAAGAAUGCAAAGAGCACGCAUCAACGUUGACCAAACGACAAUAUCCACUAUCUUGCCAGCGUGCAAUUUGAAAUUUGGAAAACAAAUUCAUGCCUUCAUUAGGAAAAUUAGUUUUGAUUUGGUUGUUCCGGUGUGGAAUGCACUGAUCCACAUGUACUCUAAAUGUGGAUGCAUUGGGUCUGCAUACUCUGUAUUUUCCAACAUGAUCAAUAGGGAUUUAGUGUCAUGGAACUCAAUGAUUGGAGGCUUUGGAAUGCAUGGGCAUGGAAGAGCUGCUCUUCACCUUCUCAAAGAGAUGAAUCAUUCAGGGACUUGCCCCAAUUCUGUAACUUUUACUUCUGUUUUAUCAGCUUGUAGUCACGCAGGUCUUGUGGAUGAGGGCCUUCAAGUCUUUCACAGUAUGAUGAAGGAGUACGGCGUCAUCCCCAGCAUGGAACAUUAUGCUUGCAUUGUUGACAUGCUGGCACGUGAUGGUCAACUUGAGGAUGCAGUUAGUUUUAUUAAUAGGAUGCCUUUGGAGCCUGAUAAGUGUAUUUGGGGAGCUCUGUUGGCUGCAUGCCAAGCCCAUCAAAAUGUUAAUGUUGCAAAGCUUGCUGCUGAACAAUUAGUCCAGUUGCAACCGGGAAAUGCUGGGCAGUAUGUCACCCUGUCAAAUAUAUAUGCAAGAGCUGGAAGAUGGGAUGAAGCUGUACGAGUGAGAAAGAAAAUGGAAGCCCAAGGAUCGGUGAAGCCAUCUGGAAAUAGUUGGUUUGAAUGUGGAAAUGGGACAAAUGAAAUAUCUAAUGAAUAGAAGUAUGGAUACUUUGUGUUCAAAAGCUUUGGAUGAGCUUGGUCCUAAUACCUAAUCCCAUGUGACCGGCCUUCAAUUUGUACAACUAAUUAAUUAGGCAGGAUUUUGCGAAUUCAUUCAGGGCACUUGAGGACAUAAUGAUAAGCCAAGCAAGGCCCAUCCCAGGAACCCAAAAUGCACAAAUAAAAGAAGAGAGAGAGAGAGAGAGAGAGAGAGAGGGGUCAGAAGCCAAACCAUGUAAGAGCGAGAGAAUGGUAAGUGCAAGCGCAUUGUGUGUUGUGCAACCCAAAAUCCUCUCCUCUCUUAUGGGAAACUGCCUCCAUCAGUCAAGCAGCCUGCUCACCAACUCUUCCGUUACAACCCUGGUCCUGGUCCUUCACUUUUGUACUUCUUUAAUUUUUGGUUAUUGAUAAUAAUAUUUCUGAUGCAGCUUCUGUUUCACAUGUUAUGCACAGUUUUUUCUUUUCAUCUGAUUUUGGAUCUUUUCCCUAAGGUUGAAUCAGUUUAGAAGUCAAAUAAUGAAUGCAUGUCGUUGUGAGUUAUUUAUAUUUGCAUGAAAAGGUGUUAUAAUUUUUGGUGAACCGAGCUUAUUGGUAUUUGAGAUUGCUGUACUGUGACAUACCACAUACAAUUACAACCAUGCUUUAUUAUUUCUGAUUGUGUGACUUGAAUGAAACAUAAAAGUUCUUUGAUACCAAAUGAAUGAAACCUUAAUGCCUAACUGAGCCAUUUUCUUGGAAAUGUAAAAGUUGUCCUGUAUAAUACCAAUAGUUUCUAAGAAUCUACAAACCAAAGCCUAGAGUAACAAUUUUAUGAAAUCAACAUUUAAUGGACUUGUUUUUCCUAAUUUUUAAACAUGCGAAUAUAGUGAUGGUCAUUGUUAUUUUCUUGGUUUCAAAU